ACAUCGUGACCGACAGCGAGCUGAGUAUGAAUAAUCCCAGCUGCAAGCAAGACCAAAUAAAUAUUAUGUUUCCUUUUACGUGAACCAAACUCUAAUUAGUUAGGGACUCGAACGCCAAACGGACUCCCAUCUUGCAGGCAAUGCAUAGAUUGUUUCUCGUGCAUGAGCUACUCAUGAUAAUAUGCGAACAUCUGUAUGAUGAAGAUGAUAUCCCAAAUGCUUCCAAAAAGGCUCUGGCACGUCUUGCCAGAACCUGCAAGGCUUUUCAUGCAGUGGCAUUGAAUGCUCUCUGGUCAAAUCUCGACGGCGUUGCGCCUCUAAUCCAAUGCCUGUCUGCAGAAGUCACCCGAUUGUGUUGGCGCCUGCCCCUAGGUACAGCAGUGGUUGGUAUUGAACGGGCACCUCGAAAAGCAGAAUGGGACAUCAUUCAAGGCUAUGCUAGUCGUGUACGGCGUCUGCGUGUUUUAAAUCCCCUUCGUUCUGUGGAACCAUCCGUCAUCUUGACACUUUCCCGUCCACCUACCACGUCCCCGCUGUUCCCGAAUCUACGCUCGCUUGUAUGGAAUGACAGCAGACCCCAAACGAUGGGCUUCUUAAAAACUCUAUGUGGACCACUUCUGACAUCCCUUACGCUUGAUUGUUCGAGUACUGGCACUGCUCGGUGGGAUGCGGCUGCAUCUCCUAUAUUGACUGCUGUGCCCGUCAUUUGCCCUGCUGUCAAAGUCAUCACCCUUCCCUCCGGUUCCCCCUGUCCCCCAAUUUCGAACAUGCUUCUCGCAUGGAGCCACCUCGAGGAAGUCACAUGUGGUGAAAUCGAUACAGUCAUCUUUCGCCAUCUCGCCAAACAAACCUACUUACGCAAACUUGCAUUUACAUUGUCACAAUCGAUCUCUCAAAGUCUGACAGACCACCCUCCAUCUCCGCAAACUUUUUCGCGCCUCCGUGAACUGGAAGUUCAUGCACCUGAGCUACCUUCCUUGAUUGAGUUCAUGCAGAAACUAGAGAUACAUCCCACAUCUAUUCGCGGUCAAGUGGAUGCUGGCCCAACUCCCUGCGACAUGGGAGCAUUCUUUGCUUUUCUCACAGAACAUUAUGUGGGCGUUAAACCGCAGAAUGUCUCAUUGCAGAGUCUUCCUAGUAUACGAAUGCCCUCUGCGGCUCAACCUCCGUUGCCGCCACCUACUGGUAAUCGAUUUAACGGACGGUCAUCCCACACCGGCAUCCAUGGCAAUGAUUUCAUGCCUCUCACUCAGUUUGGAAGCAUUAACACCUUAAUAAUCGACGUGAAUUGUAGUAUACAUCUUGCAGACGAUGAUCUGGCAUCUUUGGCAUCUGCAUGGCCUCACCUCCGGACCUUUAGUGUCAACAAAAGGCACGGCUGGGUCGUAAAAUCCGAUAUCAGCCAAAUUGGCUUACUCGAGAUGCUUCAAUGUUGCCCCAGACUCCAGACUCUUUGUAUUGCAAUCGAUACCGACACAUUCACAGAGGUGCCUUUGGAUCGCCCAGGAGGAGGAGUCCAAAACAUGAAUAUCCGGACAAUUGAUUUUGCAGACUCGGUUAUCCAACCUCGCGCAACCACUGUGGUCGCUGCAUUCCUGUCCGAUGUUUUCCCCAGGCUCAACGAGGUUACAGCUUGGAAGUCUGAUCAAAUGCGUUCCCGACGGGACGCAAAUAGCACGAGCCCGACGGCAUACGCCAUUCAUUGGGAAGGUGUUUCUCAGCAAGUCAAGGGAAUGAUCAGAAUUCGACAGCAGGAAAGGAGGUGGCGCCGGAGCGAAUAAACCAGGUGGAUGUUGACUUCUUCAGUCCGAUGUUCAUGAAACGGUCGGUUACAGUCGGGUACAGUCGGUUACCAGCCCUUACUUACUCGAGGUACAGUGUAGAGUCGAACCAGGGCUCUGAUAUUUCGCUCGGUAUGUAUGAGGGUGCAAAACAAGAAGUAUGGCGGUUUCCAGGAAGGUUUUCCAUGCAAUACAACGUUGAAUACUGGGUCGAUCAACUACUUACUUAGUAUUCGACCGAGCCUCAGAAUGAUUAGGUGAACUUCUUCGAAAUUCUAGCCAUGGUAUCCUAAUCGAUCGCGGGAUGGAAAUUUUGUCUCCGGAGCUGUAGUAUCCUGUAGUCUGGCCAUGAUUAG